UGAUGAGGAGACGGUCGCGGUCCGUGCACGAGUCAACGAAACACCGUGCGAUGGCGAUGGAAGGAGAGAUCACGCGGACCGUUUGAUAAUAAACACAAACACGACACACGACGCGCACUGAUAACAAUGGCCAUUGUUUACUAUUUAACGUAAUUUCAUCAAUGACAAUACCGAGGCUGUUUAACCAUAGGAUAUAACGUAAUAAUCGUUUGUUAACAUUUUAAUAUUAUCAUGUUGGGUCACAUUGUGACUUUGUUUUAGUGUUCCUCUAGUUGUCUAGUUCGCUGUACGUAACAACCGUAUUCAAAGAAUCUUCUGAAUUGUAUACAUAACCGUACAUUUAGGUUUCAUCCUUAUAAUCAUCAGUCUAUUUCUCUCGAGAGAUCACAUCGCGGCGCUCCAAUAGUUUGGAUUUAUCAGGAUUACCGAUUAAUUCAUCAUCGACCCAAGACGGUUUAGCCGGGACUAUGAACAAAAUGCGAACGAUUUUCGUGCUGGACGCGGGUGCGCUGUUCACGCUGCUGCUGCUGCAGUUGCUGGGUCUCGACUAUUACGUGAUGAUCGUGUUCGAGGACACUUGGUAUUCUAGGUAUCCGAACGUACUAUUCGUGGUGCUCAACAUCGUACUGACAUUGCUGUUCUACCACACUUUCGUUAACUGUUACAAGGAGUACAAAUACGAGCGCAACAAGAGGACCGCGAAUGCGGUCCAAAGUAAGACCAAGUAUCCCGUGUACCUCAACUGCAUUACUUGGAUCUCGUAUGUAGUUUUGUUGUUCAGCAAGAUCGUUUUGAUUUUCUCAAACGGUGUUGUUUCGUUAGUCGGUAACUAUGACUUCAUGGGACCACAAAUGCUCAAGCUACUGAUCGGCAUCUCUGGCAUUUUGUUUUAUUUAUUGGUCAGUGCUGAAUGUGUAGGACGCCAAGUGGACCGUGAAAGGUGGCCAACCAAUUCGUGGAUCAUCGAGAUAUUUGAUUCAGUUGAAAUGUUAUCUAUUGUUAUAUCUACAACUGCUAAGAUCGGGUACAUAGAAUAUUUGAUCUACGCCACAGCCUUAUUAAACUUCAUGCUGCCAUUGUGGAUACUAUAUAGUGUGUCUCAGCCAGAUAUUGAUACCAAGCCAAUGGGUCUGCCUCAACCAGUAUGCUAUAAUUUUUUGCAUUUAAUGUUAAUUCAAAUGCCAUUUUUAGCCGUACGAUUGUAUAUGUGGUUUGUGUUCAGUGAAAAUGCUUCAAUAUUUAUGAUGAAAAAUAUUUUACAUUUAAUUUUCUUUUUACAUUCAAUGUAUCCAUACUUAAAAGAUAUUUCCAUGAAAAACCAAUAUAGUCCUGAUAAUCAUGUAGAUGAAGCUGAACCAGAAAUCCUUUUGACUAAUCGUAGAUAUAAAGAACCUAUUAAUGUGUUGUAAACAGUAUGUGUACUUGACUGAAUUAUUGAUUAAGUGAGAUACUUAUAAUUAAGUUAUAAACUAUAAAUUAUUACGUAUUACAAAAUAUGUUUUUAAAAUAAAACCUUAUCAUUUAUUGUAAUAAUAAGUAUGGAUCUCUUCUUGCUUAGACACUUAUAUAUGUAUUAAUUUACUUUGAUACAAGUUUUCUACUUUUUUUUCCUUCAUUUUUUAUUUUUACUAUGAGUAUAAUCUUAACUGGUCACUAUAAUAAGAAAUAUAUUGUAUUGUUUUGGUUUAUAUGUAUCUCAUUUACUGAAGUUAACAUUUUCUACAAUCAAAAAUGACGGUUUAAUUUGUUUUAUUUAAUCUUUAUCUUAUUAGUAUCAAUUAUAUUUUAUACUAUACUUUUAAUGAACAAAAUUAUAUACAUAUUAUAUAUAGAUGUACAUAAUCAAUAACUAUUACAUUUUUAUAAAUUUUUCGAAUGUCUUAUAUACUCACUGACUGUUAUACAUUUUAUAAGGUCUGAUAAUUAAGACUGAUACAAAAAUUAUAUUUAUAAUAAGUGCUAAGCUAAUAAUAAAUAUAAAAAAAUAUUUUUAUUUGAAACUACCUAAUGUAUAAUUUAAUGUAAAGGCGCAUAUACACGAGAUCAAAUUGUGUGACUUAUGGUAGUUGAGCAUAAAUGCUAGUCCGUAGCUACUCAGAAUUCCAUUAUGAAAACUGGCCAUCUUAAAAAUUUUACUAGGAUGUCAUAAUCAGAUUUACAAUUUUUCAUCAAUUUAGUUGGUCCAAAAGUAAUGAAACAAACAACGAAUAUGAGGGAACCAAAAUCAGUAAAAACAAAAUUAGCUGUCAUAUUUGUGAUUUUUGGUUACCAGGGAUUCGUUUACAAAUUUACAGUAUUUGUUUAAAAUAUCAAAACAAUUAAUUACAAAUAUGCGUGCUUAACAACUAUGUG